AUGACGGCGGCCAUGACCUGCCUCGCCCCCUUCAUCGGCCUGGCCACCAGCCUCGACACGCUGUGCGCGCAGGCCUACGGCGACGGUCGCAAGCACCUCGUCGGCCUGCAGUGCCAGCGCUGCUUCUGGUUCCUCUGCUGCGCCGCCAUCCCCGUCGCGGUGCUGUGGCUCUCCUCCGAGCCCAUCCUCGCCCGCAUCGUCGACGCCGAGACCGCCCGCCUCGCCGGCCUCUACCUCAAGAUCAUGACCCUCUCCAUCCCCGCCUACAUCACUUUCGAGACGGGCAAGCGCAUACUCCAAGCGCAGGGGUUGUUCCGCGAAAUCUCGUACAUCAUCCUGGUGGUGGCGCCGAUCAACAUCCUGGUCAACUGGCUGCUGGUGUGGAAGCUGGAGCUGGGGUUUGUCGGGGCGCCGAUUGGCGUGGUGAUUUCGAGGAACUUGCUGGCGUUGCUGCUGGUGCUGUACAUCCGGUUCGUGGACGGGAGGCAGUGCUGGGGAGGGUUUGAUAGGAGGGCGCUGGUGAACUGGGGGGUGAUGAUCCGGUUGGCGCUGCCGGGGAUGGUGAUGGUGCUGGCGGAGUGGCUCGCGUUCGAGCUCAUCACGCUACUGUCGAGCCGCUUCGGCACGGACUACCUGGCGGCGCAGAGCGCCAUCUUCACCAUUGUCGCGCUGCUCUACCAGAUUCCGUUUUCCGUGUCGGUGGCCUCGUCGACGCGGGUGGCCAGCCUGAUUGGCGGCGGCGCCGUCGACUCUGCCAAGGUGGCAGCCCAGGUGUCGGUCAUUGUCUCGGGCCUCAUCAGCACGCUCAACAUUGUCCUUUGCACGACCCUCCGGUGGUACAUCCCGCUGCUACUCACCAGCGACGAGGCGGUCAUCGACAUCGUGGCGACGACGCUGCCGGUCGUGGCCGUGGCCGUCUUCUGGGACGGCAUCAGCGCCGGCGCCCACGGCAUCCUCCGCGGCAUCGGCAAGCAGUCCAUCGGCGGGCCGGCCAACAUCUUUGGCCACUACGUGGUGGCGCUGCCCACAUCGCUGACGCUUGCCUUUUACUUUGACUGGAAGAUCAAGGGCAUGUGGACAGGGAUCACGGGGGGUCUUUUCGUCGUCACCCUCAUGGAGUAUUUCUAUAUCCUCAAGGUCGACUGGCAGAAGGCCGCCCUCGAGGCGCGAACCCGCAACGCUUCGGGAUAG